AUGGCCUCAAUCAACCCACUGAGUAUGGUGUUUCAUUUCAAUCAUGGCUUGAUCAAUAUCGAUUUGCUGGAAUGUUUCAUCACGACCACAGCCAAGCCAAAUAUUCUGCAUCUGUCAUACGCCAGCCAUAUCUACGAAUUUGAAUUCGUCGGGGAUGCAAGUCGAUUUGCCUCCCAGGUACUGAACAUGUCCUCGUUGCUGCUAGCUCGAACCACCUGUAACGAUGUGGCAGUGUCGUUUCUUAAUCGGCAACAUCAGAAAGUUAUGGAGAAACUGUCGCAGGUGAAUUCUGAGGGAGACGUCGAUCCGGUGGCUAGGGAAAAAGCUCUUCUCAAGGACUUUGCCAUACAGUACCGUCUUGCAGCUCUCAACAACAAGCCCUUGCCCACCUUUCAGGUGGGUUCAAAUUGA